AAUAAGUUACUCAAAGGAAAUUUUGUAAAUCAAUCCAUAAAAUGAAUGACAAAUUUUUAUAUUUUGCUUAUGGAAGUAAUAUGCUAGCAAAAAGAAUACACAUUAAUAAUCCAACUGCAGUACGAAGAGAUGUUGGUUUUUUAAAGAAAAUUAUGCUGUAUGGGGAGCAAUUUGGGAAUUACAUGGCUGCAACAGAUCUACAUUAGAUAAGCAAGAAGGUGUUGCAGAUAAGUUAUAUUUUCCCUUGCUAGUUGAUGUAGAAACAUCUACUGGUAAAUUAUU